AACCAGUCGGCAAGCCGACAAAAUUGAUGAAAAAAGGUUCGCGUCGAUUGGGGGUAGUGUAAGCCCAAUGACACUGUGUGGUCCGACAUGCGCAAGCACAGAGGUCAGACCACAGGGUACAAAAAUAAGAUUAAUCAAUGUUGUGUUCCUUAGAACACUUUCAGAGAUUAAACUGAAAAGAACAGAUACUACACUUGAUCUAAGCCAAAAGGCAAAGAGAGCUGGAGAAGAAAAGAAGAAAAAGUCUAAAGAGAGACGGGCGGCGAGAGGUAUUUAUCCUGUCGGCAUGGGGGCCCGUGCGCCGCUAGUUCACUAGCGUCGGCUAUCUCGACCAGAAGCGAGGCAUCUCUGCCUUAGGAAUACACGUCUGCCUUAAGCGCCAGGCCACAACUCCAACCCAAUCAAAUGACAACCAAAAGCCCUAAUCAACAAAAUCAAGCCCUAUCCACAAUGCCCGAAGCGGAUUAGUGGGGCGCACUCGACCCUCACCAGCGA